AUGCAUACACCAGUCAAAUUCGACGAUGUCCAGGGUGUAGACGAAGCCAAGCAAGAACUAGAGGAAAUCGUCCAAUUUUUGAAGAAUCCACAAAAGUUUUCUGAGCUGGGCGGUAAGCUUCCAAAGGGUGUUUUGUUGACUGGUCCUCCUGGAACAGGAAAAACCAUGUUGGCGAGAGCGGUUGCUGGCGAGGCAAAUGUUCCUUUCUUCUUUAUGAGUGGAAGUGAAUUUGACGAAGUUUAUGUUGGUGUGGGAGCAAGACGUAUCCGUGAAUUAUUUGCUGCCGCAAGGAUGAAGGCCCCCAGUAUUGUAUUUAUUGAUGAAAUUGAUGCCAUUGGAUCCAAGCGAAAUCCCAAAGACCAAUCUUAUAUGAAACAAACCCUCAAUCAGCUUUUGGUUGACCUUGACGGCUUUUCUCAAACAGAGGGAGUUAUAUUUAUUGCAGCCACCAAUUUUCCUGAGCUGUUGGACAAGGCACUCACUCGUCCUGGAAGAUUCGAUCGACAUGUUAAUGUUCCUUUGCCAGACGUUCGUGGUCGUGUUGAGAUAUUGAAACAACACAGUCAGAAUGUUCAGCUGUCAAGUGAUGUGGAUCUGAGUGUGAUUGCUCGAGGCACACCCGGUUUUAGUGGUGCUGAUUUGGCUAAUCUUGUCAAUCAAGCUGCCAUUCAAGCAAGCCGAGAAGGUUGUAAUAAGGUCACGCUUAAACACAUGGAGUUUUCGAAAGAUAAGAUUAUAAUGGGUGCAGAAAGACGGUCGGCAAUUAGUACAGACGAGAGUAAGAAAUUGACAGCAUAUCAUGAGGGUGGACAUGCAUUAGUAGCAUACUAUACCCCUGGUGCAAUGCCUCUUCACAAGGCUACAAUUAUGCCACGCGGUUCGGCACUUGGUAUGACAGUCCAAUUGCCCGAGAUGGACAAGGAUUCUUUUACGAAACAAGAGUUCAUUGCUCAGAUUGAUGUGUGCAUGGGAGGACGUGUAGCCGAAGAAAUGUUAUUUGGUACUGAUAAUGUGACGAGUGGAGCGUAUAGCGAUAUUGCAAAGGCAACAGAUGUUGCUAAGCGAAUGGUACGCCACUACGGAAUGAGCGAGAAAGUAGGACCGGUUAAUUUUGAUGAUGAAGACAUGCAACUCUUGAGUUCCCAAACUAAGCAAUUGAUUGAAAACGAGAUUAAGAGUCUUAUCCAACAGUCAGAAGAUAGAGCAAAAGACGUCCUAAACACUCACAAGGUCGAACUCGACCGUUUGGCGGCUGCAUUGAUAGAAUAUGAAACACUCAACUACCAAGAAAUGGUCGAUGUCAUGGCAGGAAAACCAAUCUCACGGUAG